AUGACCAUACUAAUCACCAUAGCAUCACCAUUUCACCAAUUCACAAUGUCGGUAGAGAAAGCAACACGGCAUAUGAACGCUCGCCGACUAAAGAACCAAUGCAAGGAAAGCCAAAAAUCAACCCGCAUCAACGGGAAAUUGGGGAAUCCAGAAUCCAUUUACCUUGAAUACACCGCGAUUUCAGGCGACGGAGAGUGGUGGCGAGCGGUGGAGGAGAAGACUGAAGAGGCGAGGUCGAGGGCGAAAGAGCGAGAGUCGGGGCUUGGCCAAUGCUGA